AUGUCGGAAUGGAGCCAGCCGCCUAAUGCUCAGCUAGAAGAACCGGUGGCUGCUCCUAGAGUCCCUAAUCGAUCUAGCGUCCCCGUCUUUGGCUCCUUAUCGGCUAGUUUGCUCGUAGAGAGUCCUACAGAAAAGGGCUUCCCUCACCACAGACCGUGCGAUCUCCCGUCGGCUAUAUCAGAAUGGAGCCAGCCGCCCGAUGCUCAGCUAGAAAGGUAUGAACCGGUGGCUACUCCUAGAGUCCCUAAUCGAUCUGGCUUCCCCGUCUUUGGCUCCUCGUUGGCUAGUUUUCUCGCAGAGAGUCCUACGGAAAAGGGCGAGCUCUGUCUUAAGCGAAAACAAUGA